CUGAUGGCUGGCUGUAAAUACCUUUGGUUGUCAGGAAGUGAACUAGUGUGUGUGCCAACUGGAAAAUUAAGGGACAAAACACCUUCAAGCAAAAAUAAUCGAAUGAAAUAAUCGUGCCUUUGAGGGUAUAGUAAUUAUAUUUUCAAGAAAACUGGAACAUAUCAGCUUUGGACAUGGAGAAGAAGCAUGGAAGGAGUCAACCAUGGGGGAAGUUAGUAAAAGUGGACACUCAAUCUGAAGUAUUGCUUGUCAACAGGGAAUGCACUGUCGGGCGAAGAAAAGGCUGUGAUCUUUCCUUUCCUGCUAACAAACUGGUCUCAGGGGAUCACUGUAAGAUAGUGCAAGAUAAGAGCUCAGGAUUGGUGUGGCUGGAGGACACAAGCACCAAUGGUACAGUGAUUAACAUGUCUAAGCUGGUGAAGAAGCAGAUUCAUAUGCUGCAGAAUGGAGACGUCAUCUACUUUGUAUACAGGAAAAACGAACCAGAGCAAAACCUUGCCUACAUGUAUCAGUCCAUAAAACCAGAGAGGACAUUCUCACAAGACACAAUUGGUGGUGCCACCAGAUGCUCAGCAAUGCAGCAGAAAGCCCAGACCUGCCCUGUUACAGCAGCAGUAUGUGUGUCUGUGGAGCCAUUCCUUGUUGGACCUCCACGGGAGCAGCAGGCCUUGGAUGAACCUCAGCCCUCCACCUCCUCCCACCUCCUCCACACAGUCUCCUCCUCUACAGCCUAUUCCUCUGCAGCCUCCCUCCUGCACUCCUCUGCCUUAGACACACGACAGACUGAAGCCCAGAACCGAGUCACAAUGUUGUAUACGGAGGGGGACAUGGAGCCAGAGAGAAAAAGGAGGAAAACUGACAGUGCUGACAAGGACUAUGAUUUUGGACUGCCACAUACUUCCAGUAUUGCGGUGGUCGGCCCCAGCCCAGCUAAGGUUUUUCUUAUCGGGGAUCUGUUUGGAAAAGCUGCUGUGGCUGUGGAAGAAGCCAAGACUGACAAGAUGGAGGAGUCCCUAACCUGUAUCAUCUGUCAGGACCUACUUCAUGACUGUGUCAGCCUGCAGCCCUGUAUGCACACCUUCUGUGCUGCGUGCUACUCUGGCUGGAUGGAGCGCUCGUCUCUCUGCCCCACCUGUCGCUGCCCCGUAGAGAGGAUUCGCAAGAACCACAUCCUCAACAACCUGGUGGAGGCCUACCUUAUCCAACACCCGGAGAAGUGUCGCAGUGAGGAGGACCUGAAGAGCAUGGACAGCCGGAACAAGAUAACUCGGGACAUGCUGCAGCCAAAGAUUGAGCGUUCCUUCUCUGAUGAAGAGGGCAGCUCUGAUUAUCUCUUUGAGCUCUCCGACAACGACAGUGACACCUCCGAUAUCGGCCAGCCGGUUGUGAUGUGCAGACAGUGUCCAGGCUACAGGAAGGAGGUCAGCCAGGUACUGUGGGCCACAGGGCUAGCCCCUCUAGGACCAGCCCCACCAGCUCUUCUAGGACCAGUCCUACCAGCCCCUCUAGGACCAGUCCUACCAGCCCCUCUAGGACCAGCCCCACCAGCUCUUCUAGGACCAGCCCCACCAGCUCUUCAAGGACCAGCUCUUCUAGGACCAGCCCCACCAGCUCUUCUAGGACCAGCCCCACCAGCUCUUCUAGGACCAGCCCCACCAGCUCUUCUAGGACCAGCCCCACCAGCUCUUCUAGGACCAGUCCCACCAGCUCUUCUAGGACCAGUCCCACCAGCCCCUCUAGGACCAACCCCACCAGCCCCUCUAGGACCAACCCCACCAGCCCCUCUAGGACCAGCCCCACCAGCUCUUCUAGGACCAGCCCCACCAGCUCUUCUAGGACCAGUCCUACCAGCCCCUCUAGGACCAGCCCCACCAACUCCUGAGGACAGGCCAGGGAAACCCCCUGGGGCUGGGGAAUCAACAUUAUCAACAUGCUCUGAUGUCCCCACUACAGCUCCUCAGGAUUACACCUGUCCUCCUCUGGGCAGCCAUGUCAUCUGCACCUGCUGCCUGCAGCCCAUGCCAGACCGCCGCGCCGAGCUCAUUGGCCAGCAACUCUCCGCUCAGCAAUGUGUGGCGUGCCUGCGGCCCUUCUGUCACAUGUACUGGGGCUGCCAGAGGAUCGGCUGUCAGGGCUGCCUCGCACGUUUCAGUGAACUCAACCUUACAGACAAAUGCCUGGACGGUGUUCUGAACAGCAAUAACUAUGAAUCAGAGAUCCUCCAGAGUUACUUGUCAGCCAGAGGGAUGUCGUGGAGGGACAUGCUACAGGAGGGUCUUCAGGGCCUGCAACAGGGAACCUUCUAUCUGUCUGAUUAUCGCAUCAACAGUAACGCCAUACUCUGUUUCUGCUGUGGCCUGCGAGCCUUCGGGGAGCUGGCCUACAAAUACAGACAGAACAUCCCUGCCUCGGCGCUUCCUGCUGUUGUGACGUCUCGGCCAGACUGUUAUUGGGGACGCAACUGCCGUACUCAAGUCAAGGCACACCAUGCCACGAAAUUCAACCACAUAUGUGAGCAGACCCGUUUCAAGAGCUGAAGAGCCUCGUAGGUGACCUGCUAUGCAAGGCUCUCCUGCGAACACUGGAGCGUACACAGACUUCCAAGGAUCUCCUGUAUUACUCUCAUAUGUACAGUGAUCAUUUUACUCCCUUAUUAAGCGGAGCCUUGCCGUGAGGAAAGGUAUCUCUUAGGUAAUAUAACUUGUAGUUCUCUCACAGGCUUUAUAGGCUUAGGUAUUUGAUGAUAUGCUGAAAUUACAAUCACACUCUUUUUGCUGGGUCAUGAUUAGCCAGCCUAGUGUUAUAGGUAUAGUAGGGGUGAGUGGGAUAAUGCUAUGCACUCCACACAGUAAGAGAGGAUUCCCCUAUAUGAUGAUGACAGACUUAUAUCUUAUGUGGAAUAUGAUCAUCAUCACCCUUCAUUCCAGUAUCAUGUCCUUUUGGGUGAGGGAUAUAUAAAACAAAUCUACUGAAGACCGUUGGCAAUCAAAAUGGACUUUGGCCAUACAUGUGCUGUUACACAGGAUGCAAUGCCAUCUUUUGUGACCGUUUAAGGAUCAUAUUGAUAUUAGUAAGAUGUUGAUACUUUUCCUAUUUCCGUGUUUUCCUUUCUCUUAACAUGUGGUCUAGGACUUUAGGUAUCUUGGAGAAUUAUGUAUUUGAAUUAGAAUCUAGAGCUUCCUACUCAACUGCUUACUGUGGUGUUCUAAACAUCUAAGUAGUAUUCAUAUGUUGGUUAUAGAAACCCCCCCAAACAAACUAGGUUGAAGCACAGCUAUGUUAUCAAAAGACUUAUCCAUAUACAGACUUUGAGGUUUCUUGUGGUUCAUAUAUAUGGAUGACCGAUUCAGUGGAACCAUUUUGAAUUCAGACUGUUGCUGCUUCUGCAUAAGACUGCUAACUGAGAAGACAAGUGCUAUGGAAAGGGAGUUGUUCUUAGUUUUGGGAAAAGGGGGAAUUCUGCUAGUUUGAUGUGGAUUUCCCAACAAGGGCAAAAAUCCCUGUCAAAGCUGAGAAUAACAUGGUUCAACUAGAAUCAAUGGGAAAGUUAGUUAGGAUUUCAGUUCUUCCGGUAGGGAUAAGGGUUAUAUGUGGAAAUGUAGUUUUAUCUGAGGCUGGGAAAGGCAGGGGUAUUCAGUUAUAUGCUUUGCUCAGGGUAAUCAACAUAAAGCUGAUUUUAAAAUGGUGCAUUAGAGAAGCUUUCUCAGACCUAAACUAGUACUAACAGCCAAUGCAGUUUUUUUGUUAGAAUGCACAAUGGUUUGCUAGAGUUUAGGGGGUGAAAUUGUACCUCCUUGUUACAUUAUAUUAAGUUAGUGGUGUUGGCUAAAUAUAUUAAUUAAGCAAGCAACCUGAUCAUACGGGUUCUAUCAUACUUAUUAGUAUGAUCGAACCAGGUACCCUAGUGGUCAGAGUGUUGGGCUAGUAACCAGCAGGUAGCCUAGUGGUCAGAGUGUUGGGCUAGUAACCAGCAGGUAGCCUAGUGGUCAGAGUGUUGGGCUAGUAACCAGCAGGUAGCCUAGUGGUCAGAGUGUUGGGCUAGUAACCAGCAGGUAGCCUAGUGGUCAGAGUGUUGGGCUAGUAACCAGCAGGUAGCCUAGUGGUCAGAGUGUUGGGCUAGUAACCGAAAGGUUGCUGGAUUGAAUCCCCGAGCUGACAAGGUAAAAAUCUGUCCUUCUGCCCCUGAACAAGACAGUUAACUCACUGUUCCCCAGUAGGCUGUCAUUGUAAAUAAGAAUUUUUCUUAACUGACUUGCCUAUUUAAAUAAAGGUUACGUUAAAAAAAGAAUAAUAAUGAAACAUUAAGGAUUGCUAUUCUGUUAAAUUAAGGACAUGUUUUUCAAUAUAUAUAGGAAGUGUUACCUUGGAGCAUGUUGGAUAGAUCUUAUAAUAGUUUUGUUUAUCAAAUACCAUGGUAUGGUCAAACCUCAUCAGUUAAACUUUAAUUGGUGCAAUUUCCCAUAAUAACUGAGGAAAUAACACAUUGCUGUUUGGUCAGGCAUUUUUAUCUGGUAGUGAAAGUACCCGUACCAAGUUAGAUUUGAAGAAAACAACAUUUUGUAAUUUCUAACAAUGGAGACUGAAAGUGGGCUCUAUUGCUCUUAGAAAAGAGACUAGAGGUGUACAAGUCUCACGUUGCCAGACACGUUGCUGCAUUCUUGCUGUAGAAGAACUGCUGGGGUGAUCUAAAAACUCCAGGAUUAUAUUAUGAGACCAUUAGGUUGCAUUCACACAUGCAGCCCAAUUCUGAUAUUUUUCCACUCAUUUGUCUUUUUGACUAAUCAGAUCAUCCCCAUUUGCCAAUAAAUGGGCAAAAUAUAUGAAUUGUGCUGCCUGUGUAAAUGCAGCUUAGUUGUGAGAAAUUCUGCCUGUCUAAUUCAGUGUUGCAGUUACACAGUACUCAGAGAUACAGGUGUCACUUUUAUAGAUCAACCCGAGACAACUGGCUGUGUCUUACUUCCGCGUUUUGUCUUAUUAGAAGACUACUAUCAACAACCAGAUGUCCAUAAUGUUGUGUAGAACCACAACAGUAGACACUUGUCUCUUACUGUUUAGAGACAUCGGUCACAUUCUCUGUAAAUUACUGACAAGUCAUUAUGGAAGUCAAAUCGGCCCAAUGUCUACAGACCUUUAGUCUAGAUAGAAUGGCCUGAUAUACUAAUGUUAUUCAUGAGGCCUUAUAUAUUGAAAAGUAGGAUAAAGAUAACUAAGUUGUUAGUAGUGAAGUAGAGUACAGAAAAAACGUUUUGUAUGCAAGUCAUUAGAUUCUGUUGCAGUAAAAAAAAUACUUUGACAGAAAUGCAAUGACAUUAUUCACUUUGUCAUUCGUCAUUUUAAAUUUAUAGUUUAAUUUUAAAUCAUCCGUCUUUAAUUUAGUAAAUUGACAUUAAAUUGACAAUGAUUUUAGAGGGAAAAGUAGUUUGCUCGAACUGUUAGUGUUUACAAGCAAGUCUAGCUUUGACGUUUUUUACUUAUAUAAUUCAGCUCGCACACAUUGAAUGUAUGAAUCACUAAUUUGAAGACUUAACCAAGAUUACAAUUAGGUUGGGAUUCAAACAAACACAGAUUAACAACCUGUUCACAGCUAUAGACUUUUGAAGGCAACUUCCCAAACGUUCAUGGAGAUCACGUAAGGCCACUUAUGUCGGCUCAAGCAGAAAUGACCUUUAAAAGUGCAUCAGAGCACACUGGUACUUUAUCUGCGUUUGUUUGAAUCCUGGCACCAAGCUGAACUGUAAUAAGCACUGCAGAAACGGUGCAGGUUCAACUCUGUCCUGUAACUUCAAUGGAUAUUAAAACAUCCAUUUAGAAAUAUCCUUGUGCAAUCAAUGUGUGUGGAACUCAGGAUUGGAGCUGAAACUCUACCUAUGUCGCUAUAUACCCUCAUUGGGGCUGUUUAGUGGCAAUAUUCACACGCUCAGACCGACUCUUCUGGGCUGGUAUAAAGGGGGGCAAAUAUGGGCACGCUUUCUGCUAGAGCUCGUGUCUUUAUUUGGGAUCUUACGGGCUGGAUUCAAUCUGUAUCGUGGUAGAUCCACGUAAAGAUCACUUCCAAUUGAGCUGACAUAUGCAGCGUGUACAGUAAAUGCAGUCUCCGCAACCGUGAGACCAUUGCCUUUAAUUGUCAAUCGCGUAAUAAAGCGGAUCUUCAGCGCUACGGAUUUAAUAGAGCCCAAUGUCGCGGUUUCCCUGUUGUGGGUUCACACUGUGGCAUUCCUCAGAGGCUCAGGCAAUAGCUCAGCACAACCCAGCCAGCCAGCCUAUCCCUCCCUACAGCAGCGCUGAACCUUAAUUAUAACAGGAAGAUCUGGGCACCCUAAGCCAACAACAGUGCAAGCCACCGAUCAGGAAUGGGUGUUAAGGAGGCUUUGGAGGGUGCUUUGCGGUCUUAGAGGGAAACGCUGUAUUCUAGGGAAAAUAUUUACUCUGUGAGAAAGUCUGGACCAAGAUGCUCUGUACUAACAGUAUGGCCAGUCAGUAUAAAGGCCUUGCCGGGGCAAGUUGAAUUCUACCUCAUCAGAGCUCCCGAGACGUUCUGAACAAUCCGGUCUGUCCUUUUAUGUUUUGUGGAUUCUAGUAAGUGGGGGACUGACUGGACGGCAUUUAGAGUAGCGCCGUUACGUUUUAAUGCAGGGGAACACAACUGGUCCCCGGUUGAAAGCGGCUGCUGUUUUUUUGUGUUUUUUUUACCUUUGUCAUUCGGCGACCAAUUUAAAGCUGGGAAUUCAACCAGGUGUAUGCACUGCACUCUGAUCAAUUAGUUAAUCAACUUAAUAAAGUGGUAUUGAUUUAUCAAUAUAUAGCCAGGUAUAACUGAAAACCAAUGGGACUGUGAAUGCCAGUUGAAUGCCUUUGUGAGCUUUUUGUGCCCCCGGUAUUACAGUGCCUUGCGAAAGUAUUCGGCCCCCUUGAACUUUGCGACCUUUUGCCACAUUCCAGGCUUCAAGCAUAAAGAUAUAAAACUGU